AUGUCUAGCCCGCCUGGCGACGCUGUUGUAAAUGGCGACGCGCCAAAACCAGAUUUCGUGCCGCUGGUAGCUGUGGUCGACUUCCACCACCAUAGGGGACCCGAGGUGGAAAGGUGGUUUGGGGUGCCUGAUGGGAGAGAUCCUGCCGCGGAAUGGGACUGGACGCUAUUGCCCUUCAUGGCCCUAAGUGAUGGUGCUCAUGCUUCCACCGAAGACUUUUCCUACUUCACUCUCGUCCGACCUGCCACCGAAGACUCGCCCGCGACUUCGCUGUUCGGUAUCUCGUGUACUAGACAGAUGGACGCCGCCCAACUGCUCGUCCGCCCUCCCGAUGUUACGCGAUCCACUGUUCAGAAAGCUGUGGUUGUCAUAGAGAAUACUCCACAAUUCUUCGGUAUGCUAAGGGAGCGCUUGUCUGUCGUCACGAGCGCCUGGUUUGCGCAACGCGAAUUCACCGAUACCGAGAUCCUCCGAAGGUUUCAAGAUAGCCUGGCUGACGAAAAGGAACGGGGUCAGUUAUCUGAGGAGGUUGACCGAGACCAAUACCUUGGCAUGAGUCUCCGAGAGCUCGUGAGAGAGUUUCGGUGGCAGACUCUGGUUUUAUUGAAAUGCUGCCUUUUACAACCUAAAAUGCUAUUUUUCGGCUCACGUUGUGAACGCCUUUGCAUGAUGCAGUUUUCCCUAAUCUCUUUGAUACCAGGCUUAUUGAGGAACUUGCAAGAUUGCGCUGGGCCAGACAUGAAUAGUUAUGAAAAGCGGUUAUCUCAACCAACGAGCUUACGAACUAGUGACCGAAACUCGUUGCUUGCAUAUAUGGGACUGCCCUUACAGAUAUUUGGCAAGGGAAGUCUGUUCGGACCCUACACCCCGCUUCAGCAGCUUGAUCUUCUUGCCGAUUUUGGUACGAAGUCAUAUAUAGUUGGCAGUACAAACUCGUUGCUACUACAACAAAAAGACAGAUACAGCGAUAUUUUGAUCAACCUUGACGAAGACACUAUCAGCAUAACGUCCCCGUCUUUACGCAACGCACUUGCACUCUCUCAUUCAGAUAGGCGUUGGAUUGACUUCAUUACCCAAGAAGUGAACGAUACUUGGGACGAAGCGAAUCCGCAGCGGCCAAAAACGAUGGGCUAUCGUGGAAGUGAAGAGUUUAUUCGACUCCAGUUCGAAGAAUACCUGUUAUCUCUGAUCUCUGCUGUCAAGUACCGGAAUUACCUCGCUCAGAAUACCGGCAAUCCGAAAGCCACGCUUUCGCAUAUCGAAGGGGAUCCAUCGACUGACUUUGGCAAUGAGUGGAUUGAGUAUUGGGUGAGGACUGAAAAUUACCGGCUCUGGAAUGCAAAUACAGACUCGCAUCUAUUUGACAUUGUCGAACCGAGGCAUCCAUGUGCCGGAGGACUGAGUAUUGAUGAUGUGCAACGCCGAAUACAACAACAAGUGCAAGAUUUACAUCUAGACGAGAGGUUUGCUGUGGGGAAAGAGGUUUUGGGUAGGAAUUUGGCAGCUGGACGUGAAAAAGCAAGCGUUCUAUUCAACAAAUUCUAUGCGGAUAUGGAAGCUUUACGAGAAGCUCAGAAAAAGCGCGCCGAAGAGAGCAAAGCUGAGCAGUCGGAUGCAGAGAAGAAUGGAAAUAGUUCGGAUAUAUCCAAGACACAGCAAACGGUAACAUCUGUUGGGGCUAGGGCCGGCGCUUAUAUUGGGAGCUGGACAACAUGGGCGGGACAGAAGCGAAAAGAAGGCUGGGGCCGGUCUACCAACAGUAACGGCAGUUCAGGCGGCGGUUGGGGCUUUGGCAGUGCGCGCAAACCACGAAACGCAACAUCCAACACACUUAGUGAUACUGGCAGCGAGAAAAACGGCACGCCUCUAAGUAGUCCCACGUCGUCUACUAUUGGUUUUGCAAACUUUGAGAAAGCAGUGAAAGGUAGCAAACCUCAAAGAGCAAGUGAGGGCGAUGAUGGAAGUAGACCCCUUAGCCAGGAUAGCUUUGGCGAUAGCGUGCUCGAUAGUGUCGCACCCGGGUCAGAGAGCGAGCCAUCUGCCCCUACAAGCCCACAUAAGAUCACGACAGCGAAACGAGAUAGUACAGAAGGGCUCAAAACUCACGAUGAUAAAACGGCAUAG